CUACUUUUCUUGGAAAUGCAAAAGAUUAUGCAUAUAUCUGUCCUCCUUUCUCCUGUUUUGUGGGGACUGAUUUUCGGUGUCUCUUCUAACAGCAUACAGAUAGGGGGGCUGUUUCCCAGGGGCGCCGAUCAGGAAUACAGUGCAUUUCGGGUAGGGAUGGUUCAGUUCUCCACUUCGGAGUUCAGACUGACACCCCACAUCGACAAUUUGGAGGUAGCCAACAGCUUCGCAGUCACCAAUGCUUUCUGCUCCCAGUUUUCAAGAGGAGUAUAUGCUAUUUUUGGAUUUUAUGACAAGAAGUCUGUAAACACCAUCACAUCAUUUUGUGGAACUCUCCAUGUGUCCUUCAUCACUCCCAGCUUCCCGACAGAUGGCACCCAUCCAUUUGUCAUUCAGAUGCGACCGGACCUCAAAGGAGCUCUUCUCAGCUUGAUUGAGUACUACCAAUGGGAUAAGUUUGCAUACCUCUAUGACAGUGACAGAGGCUUGUCCACCCUGCAGGCGGUGCUGGAUUCCGCUGCUGAAAAGAAGUGGCAAGUGACUGCCAUCAACGUGGGGAACAUCAACAAUGAAAAGAAAGAUGAGACCUACCGCUCGCUCUUCCAGGAUCUGGAGCUAAAAAAGGAGCGGCGUGUCAUCCUGGACUGUGAACGGGACAAAGUCAACGACAUCGUGGACCAGGUUAUCACCAUUGGAAAACAUGUUAAAGGGUACCAUUACAUCAUUGCAAAUCUGGGAUUUACCGAUGGAGAUCUAUUAAAAAUUCAGUUUGGAGGUGCAAACGUCUCUGGAUUUCAGAUAGUGGACUAUGAUGACGCCAUGGUAUCUAAGUUUAUAGAAAGAUGGUCAACACUGGAAGAAAAAGAAUACCCUGGGGCACACACGACUACAAUUAAGUAUACUUCUGCUCUGACCUAUGACGCCGUUCAAGUGAUGACCGAAGCUUUUCGAAACCUACGGAAGCAGAGAAUUGAAAUCUCCCGAAGGGGGAAUGCAGGAGACUGUCUGGCAAACCCAGCUGUGCCCUGGGGACAAGGGGUAGAAAUAGAAAGGGCCCUCAAACAGGUGCAGGUUGAAGGUCUCUCAGGAAAUAUCAAGUUUGACCAGAAUGGAAAAAGAAUAAAUUAUACAAUUAACAUCAUGGAGCUCAAAACGAAUGGGCCACGGAAGAUCGGGUACUGGAGCGAAGUCGACAAAAUGGUUGUUACUCUCACCGAACUCCCUUCUGGAAACGAUACUUCUGGGCUUGAGAAUAAGACUGUGGUCGUCACUACAAUUUUGGAAUCUCCAUAUGUUAUGAUGAAGAAAAAUCAUGAAAUGCUUGAAGGCAAUGAGCGCUACGAGGGCUACUGUGUUGACUUGGCUGCAGAAAUAGCCAAGCAUUGUGGGUUCAAGUACAAGUUGACCAUUGUUGGGGAUGGCAAGUAUGGGGCCAGGGAUGCAGACACGAAAAUUUGGAAUGGGAUGGUUGGAGAACUUGUAUAUGGGAAAGCUGAUAUUGCAAUUGCUCCAUUAACCAUCACCCUUGUGAGAGAGGAGGUGAUCGAUUUCUCAAAGCCCUUUAUGAGCCUCGGGAUAUCAAUCAUGAUCAAGAAGCCUCAGAAGUCCAAACCAGGAGUGUUUUCAUUUCUUGAUCCUUUAGCCUAUGAGAUCUGGAUGUGCAUUGUUUUUGCCUACAUAGGGGUCAGUGUAGUUUUAUUCCUGGUCAGCAGAUUUAGCCCCUACGAGUGGCACACUGAGGAGUUUGAAGAUGGAAGAGAAACACAAAGUAGUGAAUCAACUAAUGAAUUUGGGAUUUUUAAUAGUCUCUGGUUUUCCUUGGGUGCCUUUAUGCAGCAAGGAUGCGAUAUUUCGCCAAGAUCCCUGUCUGGGCGCAUUGUUGGAGGAGUUUGGUGGUUCUUUACCCUGAUCAUAAUCUCCUCCUACACGGCUAACUUAGCUGCCUUCCUGACCGUAGAGAGGAUGGUGUCUCCCAUUGAAAGUGCGGAGGAUCUUUCUAAGCAAACAGAAAUUGCUUAUGGAACAUUGGACUCUGGCUCCACUAAGGAAUUUUUCAGGAGAUCUAAAAUUGCAGUGUUUGAUAAAAUGUGGACCUACAUGAGAAGUGCAGAGCCCUCAGUGUUCGUGAGGACUACAGCUGAAGGAGUGGCCAGAGUGCGCAAGUCCAAAGGGAAAUACGCCUACUUGCUGGAGUCCACCAUGAACGAGUACAUUGAGCAGAGGAAGCCUUGUGACACCAUGAAAGUUGGUGGGAACCUGGAUUCCAAAGGCUAUGGCAUCGCCACACCUAAAGGAUCCUCAUUAAGAACCCCAGUAAACCUUGCAGUAUUGAAACUCAGUGAGCAAGGCGUCUUAGACAAGCUGAAAAACAAAUGGUGGUACGAUAAAGGCGAGUGUGGCGCGAAGGACUCUGGAAGUAAGGAAAAGACCAGUGCCCUCAGUCUGAGCAACGUUGCUGGAGUGUUCUACAUCCUUGUCGGGGGCCUUGGCUUGGCCAUGCUGGUGGCUUUGAUUGAGUUCUGUUACAAGUCAAGGGCCGAGGCGAAGCGAAUGAAGGUGGCAAAGAAUGCACAGAAUAUUAACCCAUCUUCCUCGCAGAAUUCACAGAAUUUUGCAACUUAUAAGGAAGGUUACAACGUAUAUGGCAUCGAAAGUGUUAAGAUUUAGGGGGUAGGAACGAGGCUCUAAUACAACCUUCUCAGUGCACGUUUUAGCUUUCUUGUCGCGUCCUUAAGCUCUUUUAAAUGAGGAAGGUGGCCAGUGGAUCGUCCUGUAUGUCCUGUUGCUGUUCUUCCGUGUUCCUGGUCAGUGACUAACCGGCAGCCCAACUGUCCAUUUUCCUCUUUAAUGACACGGUAGCUUGGGGGGAUGUGGGCAGAUCCCCGCUGUAAUUGUGCUUUAUUAUUUGUAGUUCAGUUUGGCGCUGUUUGCUUUCAUUUGCUGCAAGCUUUCAGAUAGAAGUAAAUUUUUCUAAAGCAGCACCGCCUUUACUCUGGAUGCAUUUGAAAACCUUAACAUAGGCUUUCUUUUUCUUUCUUUCCCUCCCACCUCUCAUUUAAGAUGACCUUGAAUGAUGCUAUGAGGAGCGAGGAGAGGCUGUCAGUUACAGGAAGUACUGGAGAAAAUGGACGUGUUAUGACUCC